AUGAUCAAACCCUCUUCGAAAUGUACGAAACUCAUCUCCGUGGAUUUUCUCAAGACCCACUGCACAUCAAUCUCCAAAACCAAGCAAGCCCACGCACUCCUCCUCCGAACCCACCUCUUGCACAACCCCCUCUUCUCAAGCAAGCUCAUCUCUUUCCUGGCCCUUUCCCAUUCUGGCGACCUCAACUAUGCCCGAAAACUCUUCACCCAGAUGCAAAACCCGGACCCAUUCAUCUGUAACACCAUGAUCAGGGGCUACGCAAGAAGCCAAAAUCCCUAUGAAGCCGUGUCUUUGUACUAUUUCAUGGUUGAGCGCGGCGUUCCUGUGGACAAUUACACAUACCCAUUUGUUUUGGCGGCCUGUGCUCGCUUGGGGGCUGUGAAAUUGGGUCGGAGGUUUCACUGUGAGGUUUUGAAAAAUGGGUUCGGGUCAGAUUUGUUUGUUAUCAAUGCAUUGAUUCAGUUUUACCAUAACUGUGGGUCCUUUGGGUGUGCUUGCGACGUGUUUGAUGAAAGUACUGUCAGAGAUGUGGUGACUUGGAAUAUAAUGAUAAAUGCGCAUCUUAAUAAAGGGCUGUCUGAAAAAGCUUUUGAUUUGUUAGACGAAAUGACGAAAUUGGAUAAUUUAAGGCCGGAUGAGGUGACAAUGGUCAGCUUGGUUCCGGCUUGUGCACAAUUGGGGAACUUGGAAAGAGGAAAAUUUCUUCAUUCUUACUCAAAAGAGCUUGGUUUAGACGAGAAUCUUAGGGUAAACAAUGCAAUUUUGGAUAUGUAUUGUAAAUGUGAUGACAUAGAAUCAGCACAAGAGGUUUUUAAUAGGAUACGGGAGAAAGAUGUUUUGUCCUGGACCAGCAUGUUGUCAGGGUUGGCCAAGUCAGGUUAUUUCCAAGAGGCACUAGCUUUGUUCCAGAAGAUGCAGCUGAAUAAGAUUGAGCUAGAUGAAAUCACACUUGUGGGCGUGCUUUCUGCCUGUGCUCAGACAGGAGCACUGGACCAAGGCAAGUAUAUCCAUCUCUUAAUAGAUAAAUUUGAAAUAAAUUGUGACCUUGUGCUUGAAACCGCUCUUGUUGAUAUGUAUGCUAAGUGUGGAUCCAUAGAUUUGGCUCUACAAGUCUUUAGGAGGAUGAGAGUGAGGAAUGUUUUCACAUGGAAUGCACUGAUAGGAGGGUUGGCAAUGCAUGGUCAUGGCGAAGAUGCAAUAUCCUUAUUCGAUCAGAUGGAACACGACAAACUAAUGCCAGAUGAUGUUACAUUCAUCGCUCUAUUAUGUGCUUGCAGCCAUGCAGGAUUGGUUGAUGAGGGUCUUGCCAUGUUUCAGGCCAUGAAGAAUAAGUUUCAGAUUGAGCCAAGGAUGGAACACUAUGGAUGUGUGGUGGACUUGCUUUGCCGAGCCAGGAAGGUGGAUGAUGCAUUGGCCUUCAUUGAGAAUAUGCCCAUCAAAGCUAACUCUGUCUUGUGGGCUACUCUUCUUGGAGCUUGUAGGAGUGGCGGCCAUUUUGAUCUUGCAGAGAAGAUCGGUAGAAGGGUGAUUGAGUUGGAGCCUGAUUCUUGCGGGCGCUAUGUGAUGCUGUCGAAUCUCUAUGCAGGUGUCAGCCAGUGGGAUCACGCCUUAAAAUUAAGGAAGCAGAUGAAAAACAAAGGAAUCGAGAAAACCCCAGGUUGUAGUUGGAUAGAGUUGAAUGGCAUGAUUCACCAGUUUGUAGCAGGUGAUAGAUCACACCUUCAAACAGAACAGAUUUAUGCUAUGAUUGAAGAGAUGACCCGAAGGGUCAACUUGGAUGGAGGCCAUGUACCGGGCACUGCAAAUGUCUUGUUCGAUAUAGAGGAGGAAGAGAAAGAGCAUUCUCUGUUCCUCCAUAGUGAAAAACUGGCCAUUGCCUUGGGGUUGAUCAGCACUCCAAGCGGUUCACCAAUUCGAAUCGUUAAGAACCUCCGUGUCUGUAAUGACUGUCAUUCUUUUCUGAAGGUGACUUCCAAGGUUUAUAAUCGAGAGAUAGUUGCAAGGGAUCGGAGCCGAUUUCACCAUUUUAAAGAGGGUUCUUGCUCCUGCAUGGACUUCUGGUAA